AUGUCUGCUCAUGUGUUCACGUGUAUAUUUUUAGAUCCAUCCGGAAGUAUUUAUGUCAGAUGGGGAAGAAAAGAAUGCCCAACAAAUACAACCGAAAUCGUUUACACGGGUAUUGCUGCAGGCGGCCAUUACACUAAUUCAGGACGACCUUCUAAUCCAGUGUGUGUUCCGCAUGACCCUGAUCUUGGACAGGUUAGUCAUGAGUCAGCUUUUGGAUCUUUGUUUGGGAUGGAGUACGAAACAAAUGACUUUGGUAGUAACCUAAUAAACAAAGAUGUACCAUGUGCAGUAUGUCGUGUAAGUCAUGCAUCGACUGUGUUAAUGAUUCCUGGGAAAUUACAUUGUUACUCUGGCUGGAAAACCGAAUAUAGUGGAAAUCUAAUGUCAGGACACUAUGGCCAUGCUGGUGCGUCUCAGUACAUAUGUGUUGAUAGUAGUCCAGACGUAUUAGAGGCUGGUUCACGCGAUGAUAAUGGAUACCUUUUGUUUGGAGUCAAGGCGUACUGUGGAUCGCUCAAAUGUCCUCCCUUUGUACAAGACACCCUGUUCAAAUGUGUGGUUUGUUCGAAGUAG